UGGCGAAUGACAAUCCAUCCACACGAGCGACUACAAUACUCGAAGAACAUCGAAAGCCCAGGGAUGAGUUUUUCACAGGUGGUUGAAAAUGACGAAGAGUAUGUUCGGCACAAAUCUCUAUCAACAAAUUAAAGCCCACUGAAGCAUAUCUUGAAUAUAUUCGAGAAAUGAUAACAUCAAGCUGACGUCUUUAUCCGAACGCUUUUCCACCGGACCGUCUAUCUCCGGCCACGACGCCAUUGCUGCUCUUCUGCUCAGCUCGGAGGCGUCUCCCCCGCCCCAACGCCAUCGCAAUCGCCGCCAGAAACCUCCGGCUGAAGCUCCCAGCCAUCGCGAGUCCCUACUGUACGAUGGCUUGCUUGUCACGAAAAAGAACCAGCGCUUCACAAGAUGUGAUAGACUAUUCCGAUCCAUUUGCCAUUGAUUACAUGCUGUACAAGCUUGACUGUGGCAGAUAUGGUAGUGCCACAAAGGACAUUGAAGCGCUGAUCGCCAGAAAGAUACAGUGCUUGGGACCAUUGUUGAAGAUGCAUUCAAACACUCCAAAGCCUGGUUCAGAGUCAAACCUGGAGAAUGAUGACUUAAAAGCCACUUCUCAUGGGGAAACGAAGAACAUUAUUGAUUUGGACGAGGAAGGGUUGGUAAAUGAUCAGAAGUCGGCAGCACAACCUGUUGUGAUUCUUGAUUCAGACGAGGAGGAUGAGAAGGAUUUAAAGCCUUCAUAUCCUUUCGAGGAAAUCUUCUUGCCGAAAUGUAUCGAGCAAAAUCCUGCUGGGGAGAUUGGGGGUGAAGAGCACAGGAGAUUACCUCGAAAACAAGGUGAAAAAGAAAUCAAGCAAGACAAAGGUGAAUAUGUGGGAGUGGAGGACGACGAAGAUGAAGAGCCUCAAGAUGAUGCCCUAGGAGAUAUUUGGAAGGAGAUGAAUCUGGCUCUGGAAAUUUCAAAGGAUGCUGCUGAAGAUUCUUCACAUGAUGAUUGUAUCACUGAAGAUGAUGAGGAGGAUGACGAUGACGACGAGCAAUGUGACCAUUCCUUUGUCUUGAAGGAUGAUAUAGGUUAUGUUUGUCGUGUUUGUGGGGUUAUAGAUAAAAGAAUCGAUACCAUAGUUGAGAUCCAGUACAAUAAGGCCAAGAGGAGCACGCGAACCUACGUCUCUGAUACUCGAAGUGCCAAACACCGUGAUCCUGGAGAUAUAUUUGGAUUCAAUCUGUCUGCGAAUGAUCUGGAAGUUACUGACAUAUCUGCUCACCCUAGACACAUGAAGCAAAUGAAGCCUCACCAGUUGGAGGGCUUCAACUUUCUAGUGAGCAAUUUGGUGAGCGAGAAACCUAGUGGCUGCAUUUUGGCCCAUGCUCCUGGUUCAGGGAAGACCUUCAUGAUACUCAGCUUCGUGCAGAGCUUUCUGGCCAAGUACCCGGAAGGUAGGCCCCUAGUUGUGCUCCCAAAGGGCAUCCUGGCCACGUGGAAGAAGGAGUUUCAGACGUGGCAAGUGGAGGACCUCCCUCUUUUAGACUUAUACACAAGGAAAGCAGAUAAGCGUCCCCAACAGCUGGAGGUUCUGAAACAGUGGGAUGACCAGAAGAGUAUUCUCUUCCUCGGCUAUAAGCAGUUUUCAACCAUUGUAUGUGAUUCCGACACCAGUGAUAUCUCCAAACUAUGCCAAAAGAUUCUUCUGGAGAGGCCCACAAUUCUUAUCCUCGACGAGGGGCACACUCCUCGUAAUGAGAACACGGAUGUGUUGCAGUCCCUGGCAAAGGUCCGGACAAAUAGGAAGGUCGUGCUCUCUGGGACCCUCUACCAGAACCAUGUGAAGGAGGUCUUCAACAUAUUGAAACUCGUCUGCCCAAAGUUUUUUAAGAUGGAGAGUUCUAAGGAAGUUUUUAGGCGGAUAAUGAGCAGGGUGGACAUGCAAGGGCGUGGAGGGGUAAGGAAGCCAUCCAUGGCCGGGGCUGAAGCAGCAUUCUAUGAUUUAGUGGAGCACACACUCCAGAAAGACAUGGACUUGGACCGAAAGGUGUGUGUUAUACAGGAUCUGCGCGAGAUGACCCACAAGGUCCUCCACUACUACAAGGGAGAUUUUCUGGAUGAACUGCCUGGGCUUGUGGACUUCACUGUGGUCCUAAACCUCAGCGGGCUACAGAGGCAGGAAGUAAAGAAGCUCAAGCAUGUGCCACGAAAGUUCAAGGUGAGCGCCCAGGGGAGUGCAGUCUACCUGCACCCUGCGCUCCACUUACCUGAUGAUGCUUCUAUGAAGAAUGAUGCUUCUGUGAGAAGUGAUGCUGAGAUGGAUGAGCUUUUAGAGAAGAUUAAUGUGAGGCAGGGGGUUAAGGCUAAGUUCUUCUUGAGUAUGCUUAUCCUCUGCGAGUCUGCUGGGGAGAAGCUCCUCGUGUUCAGUCAAUACCUCACGCCUCUGAAGUUCUUGGAGAGAUUGGUUGUAAAAGAGAGAGCAUGGUGCUUGGGAAAGGAAGUCUUUGUGAUAUCAGGGGAAACAAAUGCUGAUGAUCGAGAAUGGGCAAUGGAACGGUUCAACAACUCUCCUGAUGCCAGAGUCUUCUUCGGCUCCAUCAAGGCUUGUGGAGAGGGUAUUUCCUUGGUUGGAGCUUCACGAAUUAUUAUUCUCGAUGUUCACCUCAACCCUUCGGUGACCCGCCAAGCUAUAGGCCGAGCUUUCAGGCCUGGGCAAAAGAAGAAGGUGUAUGCCUAUAGAUUGGUUGCAGCCGAUUCUCCCGAGGAGGAGGACCAUGCAACAUGCUUCAAGAAGGAGAAGAUCUCAAAGAUGUGGUUUGAGUGGAAUGAGCAUUGCGGGUCUCGGGAGUUCGAGGUUGACCCUGUUGAGGUGACCGAGUGUGGGGACGAGUUCCUUGCGAGCCCAAUGCUGAGGGAAGAUGUCAAAGCUCUCUACAAAAGAUGAGCUUGUGGAGUUGAAGGCCUCACACCCUUUUCGAAGGACGACUCUUUGACUGCUUGCUUGCCAUCAGACUCUUUGAAGAACUUUUACUGGUUUGUAGUGAUGCAGGAUCAGUUUAGGAUGGUCUUUUGAAAUGUAAAUCCAGGCUCUCUAACUAGCUGUUAUUGUGCUCCCUUGGUAUGCAAUCCCGAGUAUGCUCGGCAUUUUGGUUAUUUUCCAACAUUGUGCAGAACAUAUCGUAGUAAGACAGUCAUUCGCAUCGGUCCCCAGUAUUCUGUGUACAGUCCAACAGCACAAGGAUUGGAAAUCGUAAUUAUGCCAAAAUUAUACAUCUUUCCCUCUUGCUUUC